AUGAGCUUACGAUACUAAAAGGUUGACAGAUGUCUUAUUUCUGAUAGAUUCAAGUUAUACGGCUUGAUUGGAUCAGGAUCUUUUGCAAAAGUUUACUCCGCAUAUGAUAGUAUAUUGAAAUAAGAUUGCGCAUUAAAGAUUGUAUGUUUGGCUAUUAAUAACAAAUUUAGGAUUUCCGAAGGUCUUAGACACUGGGCAAUAUAAAGGCAAGUAUUAUCUUGCAAUGACACUGCUUGGAAUGUCAUUGAGUACUUUGUGCAUUAAGUAAAGAACUGUUCUAACAUAAAAAACAAUAAUCUAAAUUGGAAUUCAGCUAGUAAAUUAUUUCUUCAUAAACUCCAUUAGCUCUCAAGCAUUCAGCAUCUCCAUAGCAUCGGUUAUGCACAUUCUGAUUUGAAACUAGAAAAUAUUGUUUUAAAGUCUUCUGAUUUCUCCAAUUUCGAUUCCUCGAUGAUUUGCAUAAUUGACCUUGGUCACGCCAGUUUAAAGCAACCUACUAAGAUGAUAUUAUUUCAAUUCUUUAUCUUCUGUUGUUUUUGCAGCGAAGCUAACUACCUUGGAUUUAACUAUAUCCAUCAAUAUUAUUCAGCCAGUCAAACAGGCAUUUUACGUCAAAGAUCACUUUAUGAGGAAUUAAUCUAUUAUAUUGACUUAAUGAAGCCUGAUGAGGAGGUAAACUACACUUAUAUCCUUUCAAGAAUGAAAAAAGAGUUUGAUGGAACUAACCAAAAAAUUGACUGGGUUAUGGACUGGUCGCAUUAGAAUAAAAUAUGGACAGAGUAAUACUUGAAAAAUAAAUAAAUACUUGACAAAUAGCUUGAUCCAAAUUAUCACAUCUAAAAAUUUAUUAGAUAGCAGAGAACUACAUCACAAAUAGAAUACUAAGAAAACUAAGUAAGAGAUUAACCAUUAGAAAUCCACAAAGCCUCUAAUAUAAAAAGAAAAGUUAUUAUCGAUUCAACUAUUCGUAAAUAUAAUAAGUCUAAACUAAAAAGGGAGAUGUCAAAAACAUAGGAAAUUUAGGAAAAUGACUUAGUUGUCUUAGUACCCAACGAUAAACUAAUAAUGUAGCACACGGAUUUUUAAAUAUGUGCGUCCCCUUAUUUCCGAUAGCAGCCCUAAAAUCCCUCAUAUACUCCUUUAGAUUAGCCUAUUGACCUAUCGCAAUAAAACGAACUUUUGAGUAAUAAUCCAAUCUCUUAAAAUGUAUUUAAUAAUGGAUUCUCUUUCGCACAGGAUCUCAAAGAGUUAAACUAGAUACAGUUUUACUCUCUGGAUGAAAAUGAUUUUCAAUGUAAUCUAGAAGAGGGCAUAUCGGAGUAUUUGGAGAUACAAAGAAUUUUGUACAGUUUAGAUUAUAAAGAAAACAAUCUAAAAAUAUUAAACUGA